AUGGAAGUAAUGGAUUCUAGAUCAGACUUCGGAGCCAUAACAAGAGAAAACCGAACCAUAAACGAAUUGGAGCCUUGGAGACCACCGGAGAACCGCGCGCACGAAGCAGAAGAAUGGGCGCUUGUGGAUGUCGUUCUCACCGGGGGAGCACCCUGGGGUUUCACCCUGAAAGGGGGACUGGAAUACCGUGAGCCACUAAUCAUAACUAAGGUAGAAGAAGGAAGCCGGGCAGCUGCUGUCAGGCUGCAGGUUGGAGACGAGAUAGUUCAGAUAAACGAGAUUCCGCUCAGUGGCUACAGACAGGAGGCAGUGUAUCUGGUGAAGAGUUCCUAUAAGACGCUGGCACUGCUGGUCAGAAGAAGAGAUAAAAUGGUGAACAUUGCAACACAAGCAAUGCCUGCAGAAACUGAUGUACAUGUGGCCAGGAGUUUUCUUACCAAGAUUUUAAGAAGUUCUAUGAGGAAGAAUCGCUUCAAAGGGAGGAAUGAACCCUCAUGCAGACCUCACUCAUGGCACUCUUCUAAACUGUCAGAGAAUCUUCCAGGAGCCCCUAAUGAUCAUUCAACACCUGUUCCUGAACCUGUCUGGCAGACAAAAUAUACAAGUCCCACUUCAAAUGACCUCUCCAACUGUUUGGACCACAAUAAUGUGCAGCAGCUCUCUGGACAGUUCAGUUCCAUGGGAAAAAUGGACAAUAUAGAGCGCCCUUCUCACCUCUGCCCUCGAGGACGUUUAUCUUCCACCGAGAACGAUAAUGACCACUCACUAGGUCAUCAUGACUCACCCUAUAGCCCAUUUUCAUCAUGCACUCCAGACCACUGUCUAUCCAGGAGCAGCAUGAAUUCCACAGAGAAUGUGUUCUACAGAGGCAGCUCUAGUGAGCUGGCAGGCUCAAAUGACCGACACAGAUACUUGCAGUUGCCAGUGGGAAACUGUGGCCGAGUGAGCCCUAGGUUGGAAGAGCAGGCGGGCUACAAGUUCUCCACCUCUGUGAGGUCAAAUGUUGGCCCUGUGUGGCAUGUUCCAGAGAAGAGGUCUGUGGCUGCAUCCUCACCACCCCCUCCUCCUCCCCCUUUGCGCAGUGACAGUUUUGUUGCUACCAAAGUUCAUGAGAAGAGCUUGGUCAUCCCCUACUCAGAAGGCUCUGGGGUUUAUUCCCAGCACAAAUCCCAGAGUAGAGUUACUGACAGGCAGUUUGAUACCCACCAUGCCACUGAAAGACUUGAAGCACAACACAGUUAUAACCCACCACCAAAGAUGGAUCUUCUCCAUCCAUACAUAGCUUCUGAGGAUUACAACUGCAAUCGGAGCAUCCCGAAUAAACUCUUUUCUUUAUCCAGUGCAGAUGUAAGACAGGGCCAAAAUCCUUUUGCUGGCCUCCACCAACACGAGCGCCAGCGCAGUGAUGAGAGCCCCUUUUAUCUGCACCCUAAGACUGCAUCUGCACCAAAGACACAGAGUGUAGGCAGCUAUUACCGCAGCCUACAGGACCUCCCAACUAAUACAUGCAGCCAGAAUAAGGCAAGAACCUCCAUGGCUUCCCUGUCCAGCACAGCCCUAGACCAGAGCACAGACAAUGGAACCCACUUCCGCUACUACUGCAUCACAGCCCAGCAGCCUACACAGGCAACUUCUCAGUCACAAGGGAGGGUGGCAGAGACAUGGUGGACAAACUCAGAGAACUCAGUCAGUUCCCAGAAAGCCAUGAAGGCUAAAUAUCCUUCACAUCACCCUCAGUAUUCUGAAAGCAUGAACUCUAAACAGACAGUUGGUCUUCCUCCACCUGAUGUAGUGCAUGUUUCUCCAGGUGCUCUAACACCUAAGCCCUACCCUGAGGAGCGAGAAAUGGACAAUCAGAGGAAGAGUGAUGGAGAGAUUCCAGAGACCCCAUUCACCAGAUACCUGGUCACUCACCAUGCUGAGCAGAGAAAUCCUGCAAGUUCUCCACAGAAAGACUCCCUUCAGGAUCCCUGGGUUUCACUAGACGAGCAAAAGAUCUGCCCUCAUAGGACACCCAUGCUGCAUUCUCUUGCUCAAGAGAACAAGAACCUGUUAGAGAAACACCUAAGUUCAGUCAGUGGUGAUACCCUUCAAGAGGCAGUCGACCCCUCUAGUAGCAAACAUGGAAGACGCAGUGAUCGUUAUGCAACCACGUUGCGGAACGAGAUCCUGCAGAAGAAAGCCCAGUUGCAAAAGAGCCGGAGUGCUGCCACUUUAACCUACUCUAGUGACGUGAUGGAGGAUGACCUUGAAAUCUGGAAAUCUUCAGAGACUUCCACUUCCUCCUCUGAUGGUUCUUUCACCAAUACCUACAAGGACCAUUUGAAAGAGGCUCAGGCAAGGGUACUUCAGGCAACCUCCUUCAGGAGAAGAGACUUGGAACUUCCUAGUACUGAACUUCUACCUGGCCAGGCAACCUCAAAACUAGGACUUGCUGGUGGCCAAGUUUCCAGAGUUGGAGGCCGAAAACGUUUCUCAGUGGACAAAAGAGUGCAUUCCUUCUCAGAGCCAAACAAGAUCAAUGAGGUAGGGGUGGAAGAAAAACCUUCAAAUCGUGAAACUGUCAAGUCCUUUGUGGAUCGAUGUAAAUUCUUUGAAGGGACAUCCAAACCAAAUUUUUCCAAACCAGUUACAAAACAGUCCCAACAAAGCCCUAGUGUGGACAGCAAUGGAAGCAAGAUCAAAGGAAUGCCUAAUAAGGGGACCAAUGAGAUGACCCAAAAUAGAGAAGCAUCCUUCAAACAGUACAUGAGAAGCCAUGGUGACCCCAAUUCUGAGACUAGACAGAGUCUGGUAGAUCAGCAGCGGCUUGGCACAUUUGCAGAGUAUGAGGCCACCUGGAACAUACAGAGGAAAAGUUCAGAUGGGAAGACAUCUGGGAGAUAUCGCUCUGCUGAAAACAUCCUUGAUUCAGGGGUGGAUGAAGGUUUGAUAUCAACAUGCAUCCAUGAGAGGUCUCGGUCCUCUCCAUCGGCAGAUUUCUCUGGACAGAAAAUCCCUCUGCCUCUGCGGAAAUCUUUGGAGCACUGUCUUCGAGAGAGCAAACCUGACCAAGAGGAAGUUCAUAUCACCAGCACAUCAGAGAGGGGACACCAUCAAUGGGGAGCGUGGGAAAAACCUCCUCAGCAUGACCACUUGCAAAAGCCUCCUGAUUCCAGUUCAUGGAACAAUCUGGAACACAAAGACAUACCAGUUCCCCUGCCCACUGACCACAGACACAAACCUGAACCUAGCAACCCUGUCCUUCAGCCGUACCCACACUCUCUGUACCAAGUGUCCCUGUCCCAGCAACUCUCCCCUCCCAAAAACAAGAGCCAUGAACCACAUAGGCCAUCACAGCCCAAAGUGGACAAACCUACACACCCAGAAACCACAUCCCCCUUCUGCGGCUCCAAAGAAUCUGUGCUUGGUUCCCAAUCUGUUUCCAAGCUGGACCCAGCCUUAAGCCAGGGUCCCAACCCAGGGCCCUCUGAGUCAGACCCACAGCUGACUAAGAGUCUGGAGGAGGAGCAGAGAUCAGGACACAUAGGUUCACUCUCUAUUCUAACUUCUCUGCUGCCUUCUCCUGUCUCCUCCUCCUCUCCGUCUUUGACCCGGAGUGCUGGGCUUACUAUGCCUCAUGUGAAAAACUUGUGCUGUCCCUCCCCACAGUUUUCUGCCCAGAGACUGAUUGAUAAGCCUGCAGGGACUAUGCAGGAUGCGGACCAACACAGCAGUAAAAUGGAGGAUGUAACAGAAAGCAAUACCACCACAGACAAGGUCCUUGUCAGGAUUGUCCAUGCUGAAAACGGCUUAGAAAGAGAGAACAGACAUCACCUGCAGCACAGAGAGGGCCUUGGAGGCUCCGAGGACCCUGCUCAUGCUCAGUUUAGCAAGAGUUCCCCACAGGAGCCUUACUCUCCUGUCUUCUGUUCCUCUCUGCAUUAUGUGGAGGCACCAAGGAGCAAUGGGUUCUCCGGGCGGUCUGAGGAAGAUGAGAAGAGAGAGGAGCUUGCCAGAGAUAUCAUGGUGAAGGAUAAGAGCCUUGCAGACAUCUUGGAUCAGAGAAAAAUGAAAACCACAAUGGAUCUGAUGGAGGGAAUUUUCCCCCAGGGAGAGCAGCUCCUUGAGGGCUCACAGCAGCGCAGGAAAGCUGCUCCAAAACCGCCCUCAUCCAGAAGCCCUCAGGAAAGGACAGAGGACAGCCUUGCAACGUCUGUUUCACUGGUCACCAGUUCUUCAUACUACAGUACAUCUGCACCCAAAGCUGAGUUGCUCAUUAAGAUGAAAGAUAUGCAGGAACACAUGGAGGAGCAGGAGGACUUGGAGGAUGAACUUGACUAUGACCUGUCUAACAAAAAGCAAGAGUUGAUUGACAGUCUGAGCAGGAAACUGCAGGUGCUGAGAGAAGCUCGCGAGAGUCUCCAGGAGGAUAUCCAUGACAACAAUGCCUUAGGAGAUGAGGUGGAAGCCACUGUGCAGGACGUCUGCAAGCCUAAUGAGUUAGACAAGUUCCGGAUGUUUGUGGGUGACCUGGACAAGGUUGUCAGUCUGUUGCUCUCUCUAUCUGGCAGACUAGCCAGGGUGGAGAAUGCCCUGAACAACCUGGAUGAGGGGGCCUGUACAGAGGAGAAGCACACUCUGACAGAGAAACGCAAGCUGCUCAUUCGCCAGCAUGAGGACGCCAAAGAGUUAAAGGAGAACCUGGACCGGCGAGAGCAUGUGGUGUACCACAUCCUGGCUAGCUAUUUAAGUUCAGAGCGGCUUGCAGACUACGAGCACUUUGUUAAGAUGAAGUCAGCUCUGAUCAUUGAACAACGCAAGCUGGAAGACAAGAUCAAACUGGGGGAAGAGCAGCUAAAAUGUCUGAGGGACAGCCUGCCACUGGAGCAGAGACUGCUCAGUGAACAAAGUCUCAGUGAAGAGGUACCCCGGAGUUGA